UCUGUGGUUGAUCUAUUGCAAGCCAAAUAAAUUCAUAACGUAAAUGGGCAUUAGAAUAUCCUCUCUGUGUUAAUUUUCAUCGAGAUGUAUGUAGGCCUUUUCAUUUUAUACACCCAACAACAGCACUUGACGAGAGCUCAACGAUUGGCAGUCACGUUGUUGUUGCCAACCUUGUGCCAUCACCUGAUAAAUCAUCUCUUCACCAUAAAAAGCUGAACCUGUAACAGAACAGUUACAUGACUGCAAUGCAAUUAUAUAAAUUGCUCUCAUGAUGCGGUCCCUCCGACAACUCUCUCUAAAGUCAGUUUGAUGUAGCCAUAAAACAAACAGCACACUGACUCCAUGGCUCCCCCAGAUUUAAAACUACUAUAUGUAACUCUUACGUUGUAGAAAUCUCUGUCAGCUUGGAGUGCCGCAGACCUUCAGUGUGGAAUACAAUAAUGACUACUUCCUUAAGGAGGGCGAAGAGUUCCUCUACAUCUCCGGUAGCAUCCACUACAACAGGAUCCCCAGGGCCUACUGGAAAGACAGGCUAGUCGAGAUGUAUAUGGCUGGACUGAACGCCAUUCAAGUGUACAUCCCCUGCAAUUUCCAUGAGCUCUCCCCGGAUCGGUACAACUUCAGUGGGGACAGGGAUCUAGAACACUUCCUGCAAUUGGCCAAAGACAUUGGUCUGCUGGUUGUACUGAGGCCUGGGCCCUAUAUCUGUGGAGAGUGGGAUAUGGGGAUCUUGCCUGCCUGGCUGCUCCACAAGAAAGACAUUGUCCUGCAUUCCUCAGACCCAGAUUACAUUGCGGCUGCUGACAAGUGGAUGGGCAAACUACUGCCAAUGUUAAAGCGUUCCUUUAUCAGAACAGUGGACCGACCCAUCAUUACUGUUCAGGUGGAGAAUGAGUACGGCAGCUACUUUGCCUGUGACUACAACUACUUGAGUCACCUGACCAGUCCUCAGGUUCUUCAAAAAAGGAAUAUGUAUGUUGCAAUUCAAUAUGGUCUGUCACCAGGUUGCUGCUGGAAUCCUAGAGCGGGAUUAGGCCCUGACCAUCAACGUGACUGGGAAGGCUGGGAGUCAUGUGGACAUACUGGUGGAGAAUAUGGGCUGAGUCAACUAUGGGAAAGACAUCACGACUUUAAGGCAAGAUGUUAUUUCAAGCUGGCUCUCCAUGGUAGACAUUUAACCACCAUUAAUAAAGCACCCUUCCAUUAGCUACUUAAUUUUACAUAACCUUAUUCUCUCUCUCAUUUAUUUAUAUAUAUAUGAGACACACAGAGGGCCUGGUGUCUAACCUGACAUUGGGGGCCGAUAUCCACACCGGCUGGUUCGUCUUCAGCAUCGACAGGGCUGUUAGCCAGGGUCUUCUCUGGGAGAUGGGCUCCAGGGAGGCUGGCCUCCCACCACCCUCUCCCCUCUCCGUCCCCUCCUUCUAUGGGGGCACCUUCGUCAUCCCAGACCUGCCCCAGGAUACCUACAUCCAGUUCCUUGACUGAAGAAAGCGUUUCCCAGUCGACGUUCUCCUUCCCCACCAUCACUCCCCUCAGUUCCUCUGGCUGGGAACCAGGCCAGCGUCUUGGUGUCGCUGUACAUGAACAUCCCAGACUCGGGUACCAACAGCCUAUCAGACAAAUGGAGACGUCUGUCAACCUCGCAUCCUCGUCAAAAUACACCUGAGAGGGAUGGAGCCAGUCUCUCUCCCAGCGCUCUCCCGAGUUGCCAUCUGCGGCGGUACCCAUGGCAACGAGAUGUCGGGCGUGUACCUGGUGAGGGAGCUGCAGAGGCAGAAGCUGGAGAAGGCAGUGUCAGCGACCUUGACCACGGUCAUAUCCAACCCACGUGCCGUCCAAGUGUGCAAAAGAUACACCGACAUGGACCUCAACCGCUGUUUCACUGACGCCAUACUCAGUUCACCUGUGACGGACGCCACCCCGUAUGAGGUGAGGCGAGCCCAGGAGCUGAACACACUGCUUGGGCCCAAGGGCAACUUGGGGGCCAUGGACCUGGUGUGUGACCUCCACAACACCACAGCCAACAUGGGCCUCAGCCUCAUCUCCUACUCUGUCCAAGACUGGGUCAUCAUGCACAUCUAUAGACAAAUCCAGAGGAAGAUAACCUCAGCGCCCGUGAGGUUUAUCCUGCUGGAUCUACCCCUAGCUGAUGUCUACUCUCAGGACUCCCUGGGCAAGCAUGGCUUCUCGAUAGAGGUGGGACCUCAACCCCAUGGUGUGGUCAGAGCCGACAUCUUCAACAUCAUGAAGGAGGCGGUCGACCAGACACUAGAUUGGGUCCAGUGCUUCAACUCAGGAAGUGCCUUUGAAGGUGGCGAGGUGGACGAUGUGUACACCUUUGUGAAGAGUGUAUACUACCCAAGAGACCCAGAGACCAAUCAAAUCACUGCUGCCAUACAUCCCCAAGUACAGGAGACUGAAAAGAUUCGGCAUGGGUCCUCAGAUCCUCAAAAGGUUUACAGCUGCACCAUUGAGAGCAUCCUGACGGGUUGCAUCACUGCCUGGUAUGGCAACAGCUCGGGCUCCGACCGCAAGGCAGUACAGAGGGUAGGGCGUACGGCCCAGUACAUCACCGGGGCCAAGCUUCCUGCCAUCCAGGAACUCUAUACUAUGCGGUGUCAGAGAAAGUCCCUAAAAAUGAUCAAAGACUCCAGCCACCCUAGUCGUAGCCUGUUCUCUCUGUUACCACACGGCAAGCGGUACCGGAGCGCCAAGUCUUCCAAACAGCUUCUACCCCCAAGCCAUAAGACUCCUGAACAGCUAAUCAAACAGUUAGCAAUUGGACCGUGACUUCUGCCUCCUCCAUCCGGGAGAUCCCAUGUUCCUGAUGUUUUCUGGGGAGAUAGUGAAGUACGAAGGGGAAGAAGUCCUCCAUCCCUUCUUUGUGAACGAGUGUGCAUACUAUGAGAAGAGUAUUGCC